AUGUCACUCGACUCUGACUGGGAUUCCCGUAGCAUGGACUCCCAUCCAUCUGAUUUCAAUGAUGGAGCUGAAGCCAUCUUGAUGAACACGAGCAUCGAGAUUGAAAUUCCUACAGGAGACGAUCAAUCAAGGGGUUCUACCCCGGAAAGCCACAAGGACUGCCAUGAAUAUUAUGUGUAUGGGCAAGGCGCCCCUGUAUAUUCCUGUGGCUGCUAUAGGUAUAGAGAGAUGGAAAGGUACAAAGUCCUCAAGCUCUCACCUCCAGACCUUGAACAGGCAUUAGAAUCUGGUGAUGGCGACUUCGAAGAUGUCAAUGGAUUAGGUCUAAAACGCAAGAUACGUAACGAGAAUGAUCGACAUUACCAACAUGUGAGCAGCAUCAGGGCCCGCCACGAAACUCCCGCCAUCAAAACGCAGGAACCUCAGCAGGCAAUCCAAAUCGUUCGAAGGGGAACUGACUCAAUCCCUAGACUGAAAAAGAGAAUUCUCUACUAUGAAACACUGCAAAACGAUGAACACCUCGGAGGGAGUGUUUUGCAUCAAUUGUUGGGUCCCGGUGAUUAUAUAUACUUGCACAAUUGCGCCUUUGCGAUCCAUCCCUCAAAUGCCUACAAGACGAGUAUGAGCGCCUACUCACUAGUGCCUCCAAGUAAUGGUUCACUAUUCUCGACAAACUUUCGACAAACUCCAUAUUUCGGUCAUGCUACACUCAACAAAUUCGCACCAGGAGAAGGAAAAGAAAUGCAUUGCUGCGAGGGUGCAGGCGUUGAAAUAGGCAUAGGAGUUGAGAUGGGCGUAGGAGUUGAAUGGGGAUUCUCACAAGCCAGCGUAAGACUUCAUUGGUAG